CCGGGACUCCCAGUGUGGGGAGUAGGGGCGGGUGCCGCCGCCGGGCCGCGGGGGAAUGGCGCUGGGGGCCGGCCCGUCCGUGACGCUUCUGUGAACGCGCCGGGAAGUUUGUGUCGGGCCUGGUCCACCUCCGCCGGGGAGCGAGGUGCUGGGGUACGGCCGGCGCGGCCUAGGCCUGCCGGGGGGAGCCGGCGCGGGUGCGAGGGGCUGGGCCGCGCGGCAGGGAGGCCGGGCGCGGCGAGUGCGGAGGAGGCGUGCGUGUGCCGCGCCGCUUCGGCCGGGCUGCGGCCCCAGCCCCGGCAGCGGCGGAGAUUCCGGCUGUCCCCCGAGCCCCGACGUCUAGCGCCGCGAAAAGGAGGGCGGUGGGAGGUGGGGGGACAAGUGUGUGGCGACCGAGUGGGGCUCGGAACUUCCCCUGCGGGGUCCGCGUCUCCACUUAAAGGCAUUUUUUCUGGUCUUCCCGACUCCCGCUUUACCCCUGCCUCCCCCCAAUAUCCAAACUACAGGAGUCAACUUCUCCGUUGAAAAAAACACCCCCGGCGUGAGAGGCCAUCCUGGUGAUGCUAACAGUGCCUUCCAGCGGCCUGUGUUUUACUCUGGAUAUAGCUGAUUCAAGAUGUGGCUCACGGUGUGCCCUCUUCCAGACUAUGAGAAGACAACGAAAUGAAGUUGUAGUUGAAUUAAGGAAGAAUAAAAGAGAUGAACAUCUCUUAAAGAGAAGGAAUGUACCACAUGAAGAUAUCUGUGAAGAUUCUGAUAUAGAUGGCGAUUAUAGAGUGCAAAAUACCUCUCUAGAAGCUAUUGUUCAAAAUGCUUCAAGUGAUAACCAAGGAAUUCAGUUAAGUGCAGUUCAAGCUGCUAGGAAGCUUUUGUCCAGUGAUCGAAAUCCACCAAUCGAUGACUUAAUAAAAUCUGGAAUAUUGCCUAUUUUAGUCCAUUGUCUUGAAAGAGAUGACAAUCCUUCUUUACAGUUUGAAGCUGCAUGGGCUCUGACAAACAUUGCAUCUGGAACCUCUGAACAAACUCAAGCAGUAGUUCAGUCCAAUGCUGUGCCACUUUUCCUGAGGCUUCUACAUUCACCCCAUCAAAAUGUCUGUGAGCAGGCAGUGUGGGCACUGGGAAAUAUCAUAGGUGAUGGGCCACAAUGUAGAGAUUAUGUCAUAAGUCUUGGAGUUGUGAAACCUUUACUUUCCUUCAUAAGUCCAUCUAUUCCUAUAACAUUCUUAAGGAAUGUUACUUGGGUUAUGGUCAACUUAUGUCGCCACAAAGACCCACCACCCCCAAUGGAAACCAUUCAGGAGAUUCUUCCAGCUCUUUGUGUCUUAAUUCAUCACACAGACGUAAAUAUAUUGGUAGAUACAGUCUGGGCCCUCUCUUACCUUACUGAUGCUGGCAAUGAACAGAUACAGAUGGUAAUAGACUCUGGAAUAGUCCCUCACUUGGUUCCUCUACUCAGCCACCAGGAAGUCAAAGUUCAGACUGCAGCACUUCGAGCUGUGGGCAACAUUGUUACUGGAACUGAUGAGCAAACACAAGUAGUUUUGAACUGUGAUGCUCUUUCACACUUCCCAGCACUUCUGACACAUCCCAAAGAGAAAAUUAAUAAAGAAGCAGUGUGGUUCCUCUCUAACAUAACUGCAGGAAAUCAGCAGCAGGUUCAAGCAGUAAUUGAUGCCAAUCUUGUACCAAUGAUAAUACAUCUUUUGGAUAAGGGGGAUUUUGGCACUCAGAAAGAAGCUGCUUGGGCCAUAAGUAACUUAACAAUUAGUGGGAGGAAAGAUCAAGUGGCCUAUCUAAUCCAACAAAAUGUUAUUCCACCUUUUUGCAACUUGCUGACUGUAAAAGAUGCACAAGUUGUGCAAGUAGUACUUGAUGGACUAAGUAAUAUAUUAAAAAUGGCUGAAGAUGAGGCGGAAACCAUAGCCAAUCUUAUAGAAGAAUGUGGAGGACUGGAGAAAAUUGAACAGCUUCAAAAUCAUGAAAAUGAAGACAUCUACAAGUUGGCCUAUGAGAUCAUUGACCAGUUCUUCUCUUCAGAUGAUAUUGAUGAAGAUCCUAGCCUUGUUCCAGAGGCAAUACAAGGUGGAACAUUUGGUUUCAAUUCAUCUGCCAAUGUACCAACAGAAGGGUUCCAGUUUUAGAAAGAUGUUGUGGAAGUUAGGUACAAUGCAGCACUGAGAUAUAUAUAUAUAUAUACAUAUAUAUAAAAAGGUUUGAUCCAUCAAGCUUGGCUCAUGGGAUCUGCUGCUGCAUUAAAUCGGGAAAGAAAAUGUGAAGAUUUCAUUUGGAAUCACAGAAAAUGCCCAAAUGAGGUCAAGAUGGCGAGUGGGUGCGAGUGAGAAUGAGUGGCAAAAUGUAACGAAAACUUUACAUGAAUGCUUAUUUAGGUUGUUCAAAGUAAAAAGGGCUACAGGUCACAGAUCUUCCGUGCCUGAGAAGGAACAUUGACUUACUCUGUAUCAAUUGAGGGGAAAGUGCAGUACUGUCAUCUUCAAGCCUUGUAAGCAUAAAAGAGGAUAUGAUGCCCAUAUAAGUCAAAGGAAAACGAGCCCAGGCCUUGCUAUGAAGCAAUGUGUGAAUGGACAAUGUUGAAUGAAUGUCUGGCUCAGUGAUAGGGAGUCAGGUUCAUCUUUCAAAUCUAGGGCUCUUCACUCAUGAAGCAGACUCCUAGUCCUGGAGUGACUGUGUACGAGAGUAUGGUUGUGGUGCUGUAUGUGAACGCAUGCAAGCUUGAUUCGCCUUCAGGGGGCUGAUAACAAACCUAGUAAAUCAUCAAAGUGAGAUCAUAAGUGUUAAUGUACACUGGACAUGAAAACAAAGACCGGUUUAGCAGCAGACAUUGGUUUACUCUGCAGCCUGUGUUUUCUAUUCCCCCUCUUCCCUUUUCCCACCCACCCUCCUUUUUUUUUCUUUUUAGUUUUUAUUUACUUUACCUAGUAUGGCUUUUUAGUUGCUUCUCAAGUCAGAAAACUUUUCAGGAAGGUUUCCCUGUGCAUUUGCACCAGAUGAAUGUUUGAUGCUAUGAAAAGCUUUCCAUAUCAUCAAAACUAAUUUGUGUAGAUUUUUGCAUGAAAAAAAUCAUAAAUUUCCCUCAAAAUAGACUGUGUUGCAGUACACAAGUUACCAUAAUAGUAUAAAACAGUAAAAUGUGCUUUAAAAAGCCAUCCUUUUCAUUUUCAGAGAUAACAUAAAGAUCUUUGCAUGAGGUAAAUCUACAGCAUAGUUCAUUUUUAGAUUUUGUUGAGUCCUGUAAAGAAGAAGAAGAAAAAAGUUUCAGUUGUGGUAGAGUACCGUGCUGUGUUUAAAUGUUACUUGUUUUCAAACUUUGUUUUCUAUGAAAAUGAUAUGGAAACUUCUAAAAUGGAAUUUGGUGCAUAUGUACUGCUGAAUAAAGACCGAUGAAGAGGUUUGAGUAGAUGUACAAAUCAAGUAAUGGUUUGAACACCUUUAAUAAUAUGCCUAAUCUGUUCAAUUGUUUUAGAAUCUUUUUAUCUUAGAUGUAGGCAGCCAUGAACAAUCUAUUUUGAGCCACUUUAGGGAGAAAACUUUGUAUUUUUAAAACUUGCAUAAAAGUUAUGCAAGUGGUUUUUAUAAAUUGGAAUAAUACCUCAGUUUUGAGGUUAUGCACACUAAAUUAAAUGUGACAUAAAUUAAUUUGUACAAAAAGAACUCUUUAUAAGGUGGCUCAUUGUAGGAAAUCCUGUGCCUUCCCCUUUGAGCACAAGUGUUGCAUGAACAACAGUUUGCUAUAAGAAACAUACCAGAUUAGCCACCAUUAGCAUCUAUAUCUACUUUGUGUUUAAAAAUCAACUGGUAAUUCUGAAACACUGUAGAAUGGAUAAAAAUUAUUUUGUGAUCAUAACUCUUUGUUGAACUAGAGUAUUUUUGCAGCAUUCCUUGUCAUCAGAAACAUGGUUAAAGUUUAAAACUAGAAGCAGCAGAAAACUAGCUUGUAAAAUUUAUCCAAGUAGAAUGCAGGCUAGGCUGUCUUGGGGAAAUAAACAUUAAAACUUAAAGCAAUGUUUUA